CCGAUCCUGCGAGUGCCGUGCGGGUCGAGUCGGACCGGGGACUAGGAAAACUUUCGUGCUGUUUUUAUCCAUCAAAAACCCUGGGAUUGAGGACAAGACACAGACCUAUCCUGUCGCUUAAUGGGUGUUUUGGUGCGCAAUGGACGUUUUCAGCGUUACAUCAGCGCUUUAUUCCCAACAGGGUCUUUUACCCAAACAUGUGGAAAACCAAAUCCAGUUGGAUGUUGAAGUGUGAUCUUGGAGCUGAUUUGAGGAGAUUUCUCUAGAUGUGGGCUGCAGUGGUGAAAUGAUGGCGACUCAUUGGAGGAAUUCAGGCGAUGAGGAGGAGCUGGAUUAUGCCGGCGCAUCUCCGCACUGUGAGGAUGUGGUGGAUCAGGAUGAUUCUUCAGGAGUGCUCUUUCAGUUGGAGGAAGAGCCAUUUUCCUGGCCAGGCCCUAAGAUGCUUCGUCUGCGUCGCACUUCACAAGGCUUCGGCUUCACUCUGCGUCACUUCAUUGUGUACCCACCGGAGUCUGCGGUGAACUCCAAUGUUAAGGAUGAAGACCACGGUCGUAGAGGGAGACCGCGGAACAGACUGGAGCCCAUGGACACGAUCUUUGUGAAGCAGGUCAAAGAGGGAGGGCCUGCUCACAGCGCCGGACUCUGCACUGGGGACAGGAUAGUGAAAGUGAACGGCGAGAGCAUCAUUGGGAAGACGUACUCGCAGGUCAUAGGGCUCAUCCAGAACAGUCAUACAUUUUUGGAGUUGUGUGUGAUGCCAAAAGAUGAAGAUAUACUACAACUGGCCUAUUCCCAAGAUGCCUACCUUAAGGGUCAUGAUGCAUAUAGUGGAAAUGCACGCCAUAUACCGGAGCCACCCCCUACAUGUUACCCUCGAGUAGACUGUAAGCCCCCGGUGAUGGCCCAGGCCACUGAGACAUCAGCCCCGGGGGUUGUACCAUCUGAUCUAGGAUACCGUGUGGAGAUACCAGUACCUCCCUCCCCUCCACCACCCAUUCCAAAGACACAGACUGCAGUGUGUGUGUGCAAUGAAAGUGUUCGGACAGUGGUGGUACCUCCUGAUGUGCACAUGGGCCGUAUGGUUCCGAGUCAUAGGGUCGACUAUGGUCUAGUAGGCCCAGAUCCAAUGCUGAUCAGAGCCAGGCCUGGUACAGUGUCUGGUGGUCGUCCGCCAUACCUCCACCCUCGCAAAGCUGACAUGUUCCCUUCAGGUUACCAUGGUGAUCCUUAUGCCAUUCCACCUACACACUAUGCGCCUGCUUCCUCCAUUACCUCCCAUGCUACCCACCAGAACAUUGACUGGCGGACUUACCAGACAUACCGUGAAUAUAUUGAUAAUAAAGGUCUUCACACUCACAGUCGGACUAUUCAAGAGCGUUUAGACAGCUUGCGUGCUGCAUCCCAAAGUGUCCACAUUGGCCCCCACUGUGGACCCCAACCUGGCUGGGGCAAUAAGUUAUGCCGCAGAAGCACAUCUCAUGACCGGGCUUACCAGGGCCCUUCUGUGCUUCCUCCACGCAGCACUUCGCAGGAUAGGAUGAGUGGGGCAGAGAGAGCAGCCCUCACCAGGGACUGGCCUCCUCGUAGUGUGUCCUCUGACGGCCUCAUGCGGAAGCCCCGUGUUCAUUCGUCAGACUAUGUGGAACAUAGUGAACUAGUUUCUCCUGCACCAUGGGCUUCUGUGGAUAGGCAUCUGUAUGGUAGAGUAGACCAGAGGAGUCGUCCUAGUAGACAGUCUCUCCCACCUCGGGCGGUCCUUUAUCGUCCCCCAAAAGGGUAUGGUAUGGUGGGGGUCAGGGGUGUUGCUGGCUCCCAUAUGCACAGCUCCAGAACAGACAUCCCACCCACCGCUGGUUUUCCAGAGCGACCUCGCAAUGGACUAAACCAGGCCAAAGAGCCUCCUUCCAAAGACCAAAGUGGAACUGCUUUUGGAAAUCGUAUUUCUCAUUCGUCAUCGAACCAAUCAAGAACUAGGGCUGAAACCAUGCAGAGCUCAGAAACUGGGAAUGAAAAUCCAGUCGGAUAUAGGUCAGCAUCUUACUCUGCUCCGCCUCCACAGAGGCCACAGUGUGGGGCAUCAGCUCAGAGCACACACCCACGGGAUGUCAAGGGCCUACCAGUAAAUGGGUCCAGUCCUGUGGAGGGUGUAGUUCUCCGAGAGAAGCCCCCAACAGGGAAGGGGACCCCACAACCUCUCCGCCAUCCCUCGUACAUCCUUGCGGUGAAUGACACGGAUGGAUCCGAGCCGGCAGGGGGUGGUGUCUGCUGGUUGCCCAAUGAUGCACGCCGGGAGAUGCACAUGCAGAGACUGGGGGAGCGGCUUGACUCCUCCUUCUGCUCCAGUAAUCUGGACGAAUCACUUGACUCCAUUCCCUUCAUCGAUGAGCCAGCCAGCCCUAGUGUAGACCAUGAUGGCAGCCAUAUUCCUGCAUCGGCUGUGAUCUCUGGAGCUCAGGCUGUAAUCUCUGACAGCCCUAGCCCUACCACCCCCAGCCCCCUCAUGCGCCGGCAACUGUCUCAUGACCAAGAGUCUCUCAGAAAUGCCAUUCUGGAAUUGGGAACCAAAACGGAGCGCUCAAAAUCAUACGAUGAAGGCCUGGACAACUACCGGGAGGAAGGCCGUGGACGAUCAAGCAAACCGAGUCUAAGGGUUUUCAAGAAGGCAUUGGAUGGCCAUAAGUCUGAUGACUCCAGCUCUAGAAGAGACUCCUCCACUGAGAUCUUCAGUGACUCCACCAAGGAGGGUUGGCUGCAUUUCCGACAGCUCAACACGGAGAAGGGCAAGCGAGUAGGAGGCGGUAUGCGGCCGUGGAAACAGAUGUACGCAGUGCUACGGGGACACUCCCUCUACCUCUAUAAGGACAAAAAGGAGGGGCUUGCUCACGUCAACUCGCAACUGGAGGAUGAGCCUCAAUCAAUCAGCAUCAAGGCCUGCUUGAUUGACAUCUCUUAUAGUGACACUCAAGAAAACAGCAACCUGGACGAGGAGAACGCUGCCGUAACCAGUACUGAUUUGAUCAACAGAAAGCUCAAGGAGUAUAUAUCCAUGAGUGCACCCAGCAGUAAGACAGAGCCGUCACCCAAAACCUCCCGGCAGUCCCUCAGCAUUAGACACACCCUGCUGGGCAGCAGCAGUAAGAGUCAGAGCCUCUACUCGCCCAGAAACGAACAGGAGAGGAGUAAAGAUGACUCCAGUCCUCCGAGAGAUAAAGCCGCUUGGAGGAGAGGAAUUCCAGGACUGAAAAAGAAGCCUCAAGAUAAGAGGCCCACUGCUGGCGUCAUGUUUGGAGUACGACUGGAUAAUUGCCCUCCUGCACAAACAAACGGAUUUGUUCCUUUGAUCGUGGAGGUGUGUUGUAAGUUGGUGGAGGAGAGAGGGUUGGAGUACACAGGCAUUUAUAGAGUCCCUGGAAACAACGCUGCCAUCUCGAGCAUGCAGGAGGAACUAGACACUAAAGGCAUGACAGGCAUUGAUAUCCAGGAUGAUAAGUGGCGAGACCUCAAUGUGAUCAGCAGUUUGCUUAAGUCCUUUUUCAGGAAACUUCCUGAGCCUCUCUUUACUAAUGAUAAAUAUUCCAACUUUAUUGACGCCAAUCGAAUGGAGGACCCUGUUGAGAGGUUAAAAACACUGAAGAGACUGAUUCAUGAGUUACCAGACCAUCAUUAUGAAACACUCAAGUUCCUCUCUGCACAUCUCAAAACUGUCUCUGAAAACUGUGAGAAAAACAAGAUGGAGCCACGUAACUUGGCCAUUGUGUUUGGUCCAACUCUUGUCAGAACCUCUGAAGACAACAUGACGCACAUGGUCACGCACAUGCCUGACCAGUACAAGAUCGUUGAGACUCUCAUUCAGCAAUGUGAUUGGUUCUUCACAGAAGAUGGAGAUGAAGAGCCAACGACCACCGUGGAGCAAGAGAGCACAGUUCAGUCUCAGCCUGUGCCCAACAUUGACCAUCUGCUGACCAACAUUGGCCGCACUGCUCCGUCACCGGGAGACGUCUCAGAUUCAACCACCAGUGACUCUGCUAAAUCAAAGCAGGGUUCCUGGGGAUCUGGUAAGGACCAAUAUAGUAGAGAGCUGCUGCGUACUUCCAUCUUUGCUAGCCGCAAACGCAAAAAGCCUAAGGACAAGCCUCAGCCGAGCAGCUCUGACGACGACCUGGAUGCUAGUUUCUCUAAGAAAGAUCUUCCAGUGCAAAAUGAUCCAAAUUGGCGUGCUGAUGACCAAACGGAGGAUGCUGAGAGUGAAGUUGGACUUGAUGACCAAAUAGAAAGGACAGAGGAUGAUGAGCAGAGCCCAGGAGACAGCCUUGACCUAACCUCUGAAAACAAGCAGCUCAUUUCCGAACAUCUGCCCCAGGAGACUUGUUCUUCACCUAAGAUCGUUGCAUCGCCCAAACCUAGUUAUCACAUGACUCGCCGAAGUUCCCUGUCCGAUCCUCCCUCCAACUACGACGACGGAUGUGUCUCGGAUCUGGGCACGCUUAACAGCACCAGUUCACAGGCCUCAGUACCCAGGAUGAGGCAUGGGAGGACACCAGGCCACUGGAUGGAGAAUACAGGAAUGGGCCCAGGAGCAGAGGUCUGCUCUAUCACAUCAGAUUACUCCACCACCUCCUCCAUGACCUUCCACACAGGGGUGGAGUCCAUCGCCCUCAGUCCGGAGGUGCAAUCUGUCGCAGAAAGCCGCGGGGAUGAUGCUGACGAUGAAAGAAGCGAGCUCAUUAGUGAGGGGAGGCCCAUGGAGACUGACAGUGAGAGCGAUUUAUCGGUCUUUGCCGGUGGCCGAGAUAGCAGGCCAACUGAAGAUAGCAAACAGCUGGAGGGCAGUGUCACACCUCUGCAAGAUGGACCCAACCUAAUCCCCUCCCAUCGAAUCAUCGCGUGCGACACCCUGGCACGCAAGAGAGGGAGUCGGCAGAAGACAGACAGCGAGUCUUCAGCAGACGGGAACCGCAGCGACAAGGAGUCUAGUCGGCUCUCGCGAGUGUUAGAGGCAGUCAAAGGCCGCUCCACCGGCAGUCUGAGCUCUUCCUCUCGCAGCGAAUCAGAGCAAGCCGAACCCAUGUGGCGAAUCAAAAUCACAGACCGGUUAAAGUGUCGACUGAGGACGUCAGCAGAUGACAUGUUCGGGGUGGGUUCCCAGUGCACCAGGUCACCCGAGACUCGAAGUAAACGGAAAAGCAAUAUCCGCCGCAGGCACACCAUGGGAGGUCAGCGAGACUUUGCGGAGUUGUCGGUAAUUGGGGACUGGCAAAGAGUCCAGGGCAAUGAGCUCUCGGCUAUGGAUCGCUUAAAGCCCAAGUGUAGUUCGCAGGACUUCUCCAUCAGAGACUGGAUCGCUCGAGAGCGACACCGAGCCAGCAACCCCGAAGUUAGUCUGGACUUACUGGACCUGCACCCUUCCCGAUCACGGGACCUGUUAUUCGCUGGGUCCUCACACUCCCACUUGGGUCAGCUCCUUAAUGGAGAUGUAGCGGCCGCUCAGAGCAAGAGCCUAAGCCUGGCUGCAGAUGCCCACCCUCACAAACUCUCUGGUGCUCAAGUGGUCCGUUCCCGUUUCUAUCAGUACCUGUGAAAGUGUGUGUGAGUGUGCGCUGAUGUAUACGAGUACACUAUUUGAGUGUCUGAGUAUUGGCAUGUUUUAAGGUACUUGAGUGAUGCUUGUAAGCCAUGUUGGCAUCAACGAGUCGAUAUCAUGAGCGAGAAUGUGUGUGUGAUGUGAGAUCGAGAAAGAGUGUAUGAAAUUGCUAUCGAGCGUUCUCAGAGUUGCAAGAAAUGUUUUUAAAACAUCCUGUGAUAUUUCCUUCUGUGAAUGAAAUUAUGUACCGAUCCAAUGUUGUACAGUGAACAGAGGCCCUCUCACUGUUGGCUGAAGUGCAGUAUUGCUGGAAAACUGGGAGAGCUCGAAUUCCAGCAAAUAUGGAUUUUAGAUUCGAGACGUCACACAAUGGAGCAGUUGUAGUUGGCUUGGAAGAUAAAGGCAAGUAACCGAGAAAUAGGCUGGGCAGGUAGGUCAAUAGGAUGUUGAGAAGACUAGAGUGUCUUGAGCCUUGAAAAAAGAUUAAUUUUAUUGGAAGUGUAAAGAGGCCCUCAGUGUUGCGAUAGAUCCUUCAGUAACCAAAACAAGAAUGUAUCUGCUUGUUGUAAUACUAAACAAACUGCCAUUUUCAUUUAUGAAGUGUAUAUAUUUCCCCUUUUUGUGCUUUUUUAGUUUAUUCUGCCUGUGUUUGGACUGCUUUGUGUGCUGUGCUUUGGAAAGGUGUCUGUUUCGUUUUUCUUUUUUUAAGUGCAGUGCAUGGCAGACACUCGGCACAGUAAACAUUUUUUAAAUAACGGAAGACAAAAAGGAACUCCGUUUUACUGAUGCAAUUUGCGGUGUACAUGUUACUGUUUGUUGUAAUACGACUACUGAGACAUGAUUACUGUCUCUGGGAUAAAGCUGGAAAAAAAGAUGAGAAAAUAAUGGAUUGUUAAAGAACAAAUCAGGUGUCUUUGGAUCAUGAAAGUGCCUCAUAUUGAAUACCGAUCUUGGGUUGUUGAGGGUGCCACAUCUCAGAUACAUAAAAAAAUGUAAAAGAUAUGUAUUAUUUUUUUUUAGUAAAAAAACUCAGCCACACUUUCACACAUUCAUGGAAAAAUGAGACGCUUCCAUUCCUACAGCAUUCCUCCUGGGUCUUAACACUAUUUUAAUGCAUUAUUGUUUUAAGUUUUGCAUUUGGUAUUUUAACCAGACUUGAAUUUUAAAUAUUCCUGUAAAGUAAGUAACUUAAUUGUACUUAUCUAUUACAUGUUUUAGCUGCUCCUCAUCCUCCGGUCAUUUUCAUUGCAUCAAUUUCUUUUUGUAAGUAUUGUACGAUACAGAGGUGAGGUUAAGGGACCCGGGAGAGUGAACGCGAACAUGCUAAUCAUCUCUGGGGUCUCCAGUCUCCCUGUGUGUGAACAAUGCUUCCCUAACUGUUUGUAUCAUGCUGGGUCUGCUCAUAUGGUGGACGCACAUUGUAAAACACUGGAAAAUAAACCCUUUUUUGUCUGAUAAA